AUGUCUUGCCGAUCUACAAGCCUACAAACGCACAAACAGAAAGAUAGGGUCACUGCCCUCUCCCUUGAAGCAUUCAUUGUCCGGCUAUACCGAAAAAAGAAUAAGGCUGGCUUUCUCAAAGCAUUCCCGGACCAGCCUGAGCAUAUCACCAGUGGCAUGUCUCCGCUGAAGAACAUCAUGAAGAAGCUUCAAUUAAGACGCGUUCAUAUAUAUCCACGAUUUCACGAAGACGUCAAGAACACACUCGAAACGCGUAAAGCAGAUGUCAUCGAAUUGUAUCAGCGUCUUACAGAGCCUAUGGAGGCAAUUCACCAUGCGAUAGUCCAAUGCAUGACCAUCACACUUUCCGAGCUCAAGAGAUCUAAUAAGACACUUGAACUUGAUGAUCUUAAUGUAGAGUCGGCAUACUUCCGUUCGUUUGAUGCAGUGGUCCGCAGGCAAUUAGACCCCGUAUGGCACAAGGUCGGUCCACGGACGAAGCAACUCGUGGGUGACCUCGCGACGCUCAGGCGUCUAUUAACGUACCUGUUGUCCUAUGACGCACUCGCUUUUCACGCAUACCUUGAAACUCUCGUAGCCUCAAAUACCACAACCGUAACUGGUGCAGCUAAACAACACCAAUCCCCUUGGAUGCUCGCUGACGCGGCUAAUAUCAUUUUUAGCACCGCGAAACGACGGUCACAUGUCCUUACUGCUCCAAAACCUACAUCUUCGGUUUCUGAGAGCCAAGUGAUUGACGUUGACGAUGAAGAUGCAUGGGCUGCACUUGAUGAGGCCCAUGGGUUGACAGGAAGCAAUUGUAGAGAUAACGGGAAGAAGAAGGAAGAGAAGAAACCAUGGGUUCCGGACAACAUGUCUCCAGUGCUCGAAGAGCUUCCAAAGUGGGAUCUCCUUGCAGAUGCACUUCAAGAAAUCGAGGAAGAAUUGAUGAGACAGGAAGCAGUGUCGACUCGUCCGCUAGCUCGCCACACAAAUACGGUACUUGUCAUGACCUCGUCUCCACGUUCUUCUACCCUUGUGAGUGAGCUCCUGGGGGAGAUGGACGGUACUGCUCCGAAAGGCUCUCGUGGACGAUCCAUGAUGGAGCGCAAAUUACGGACAUACCUGUAUUGGAAUGGCCAGAACGCCAGACAAAAACAACCAAGAUACCAACAACCACCUCGGUUCUCUGCCCCGCAGCCACAGUCGUCAUCGCAACCUGAGGGCGAGAUCAGUGAAGCUUUGAAGAGGAAAGAUAAGACGAGACAAGAGCGAAGUGCGAAUCGGAGAAGGGUGCGUGGCGGUGCACCGAUGACUGUUGCACCAAGUAAAUCAGCGGUUGUCGAUCCAAAAGUGGAGUCGAGAGACGAUGGAGAUGAUAUUGCAGCCUUCCUUGCAAGUCAACCUUCAGACCACCUUGUUUCCUCCAAUGCAGACGCUCUCCUCCUUGAAACGCUUCUGUCAAGCGAAGCAGAAAUAGAUUUUGACACGCACUACGGCUCGCUUGCGCCCUCGCAGAUGGUUGUUGUGCGAGCAUAUACUGAUGACAUGGACGACCAGACUCUCGCAGAACUGCAGCCAAGAUUUAUUGUGUACAGAAACUUUAACCCUGGUAUGGGCGUCCGUGUGUAUUUCAUGGUCUACCAACUCUGUUGCGAGGAGCACAAGUACCUUGCUGGACUGAGGCGCGAGAAGGAAUCUUUCGAGAAGCUAAUCAAGGAACGCGGAUCCAUGCUCCUGCCGAUCUUCGAGGACAAACACGCUGGGAAAAGCGAUGCAGUCAUUAAAACGAUCAGUACCCGUCUCGCAGGCGGAAGGAAGGAGCUGAAAUCUGCAAAGUCGUAUGCCAAGCCCACAAGCAAAUAUCCCGCGAAGAAAUCAACAGGUCCAACAGAUUCUGAUCGCGCUCCUGCAUUUAUUCAAUCCAAACUUGUUCUCCUCAUGCUCCACUUCCCUCGUGUUCGAAUCAUUUGGUCGUCGUCCCCCUAUGGUACAGCAGAUAUAUCCAACGACCUCAAAGCCAACGCCUUCGAGCCGGACCCUAACCGUGCGAUUGCAAUCGGCGCUGAGGAAGACACAGAAGCGGGCGCAGGCAUCAACGCUGCUGCAGAGGAGCUGCUUCGAUGUCUACCAGGAGUGACAGCGAAGAAUGUUAAAUAUCCGAUGAACAAGGAAACACGAAGGCGAAGAUGUAGAACUUGUGAAAGAAAAACAUUGAUGCGAGAUAACAAGGGGAACCCGAUCGACAUCAAAGUAUUCAAUCCUAGAUCAAUAUUCAAUAUUUUAACACUGAAAAUACACGAGCGACAUGAACAAUGCAAGAUAACAGGACAGCACGGCAUUGGGUACAUAAAUCGACAGUUUCAGGCCUGGGACUAA